CAUGUGGACACGGAUCCAAACAGUAGAUGCCCCUCUCCGCCCCCUACAUAAAGCCUGCAGGGAACCCCCACCAGCGCGCACAGAGCUGCAGGACGCAGAGGACGCAGCAGCACCGAGAGACCGGCUGGACGAGUCGCUCCGGGAUUUACCGAUCAUUGACGAUGCACAAGUUCAGCCUUGUUCUUUAUUUUACCUCCGCAGAAACAGUCUGAUCUGCUUUAUACCUGCUGAGAAAAGAAAAACGCAUAUCCAGUAAAGCUGAUUCUUUUUUUUAAACAAAAAAAAGUUUGGUGCUUUUGGGUGUUUUUUCUUGAAGAAGAAAAAAAGAAGUGAUUUAAACACCAGUUUACCGUAAAUUACCAGCAUGCUGUCCAGCGUGCGGCGGCACAGCCUCCGCCUGCAGACGGAGCUCCACCGCUGGAGCAUCUGCGACCCGGGCAGCCACCUCCUCCCGGACGGCCUCCUGGCCCGGGUCCCUGCGUGCAUCUCCCGCUCCAGGUCCUGCGCCAGCUCCGCCGGGGAGUCGGACGGGAGCCGCGGCAGCUGGUCCUCGUCGGACUCGGUCAUCUCCGUGGACUCCGCCGGGGGCGCGGUGGAGCCCGGCGGCCCGUACAGGGUGGUGCUGCUGGGGGCCAGCGGGGUGGGCAAGACGGCGUUCGCCAGCAUCUUCGCGGGCGCGGCGGACAGCAUGGACAGCGACGACUGCGAGCUGUGCGGAGAUGAAGUGUCUGAAAGGGAAAUUGAAGUUGAUGGAGAGGCUGCGAACAUAAUCCUGCUGGAUACCUGGGACGCAGAGAAGGGCGACGAGUGGACCCAGGAGCGCUUCAUGCAGAUUGGGGACGCCUACCUGCUCUUGUACUCCAUCACUGACCGGGCAUCCUUCCUGCGGGCCUCAGAGCUGCGGAUAACCCUGCGUCGCUUCCGUCCUGCCCGGCACACCCCCAUCAUCCUGGUGGGCAACAAGUGCGACCUGGUGAGGCGCAGAGAGGUGUCGACAAGCGAGGCCCGUGCUUGUGCGGCCGUGUUCGACUGUAAAUUCGUCGAGACCUCGGCGGCCAUGCAGCACAACGUCUGGGAGGCUUUCUACGGCAUCGUGAGGCAGCUGCGCCUGCGACGGGGCUCCAAGGAGGAGAACCGGCGCCGCGGGCACGCUCACUGCGACAAGCGCAGGGAGAGCCUGCCGGCCAGGGCCAGGCGCUUCCUCGACAAGGUGGUGGCGAAGAACAAUCCCAGCAUGGCCUUCUGGCUCAAAUCCAAAUCCUGCCACAACCUGUCGGUGCUGUAGUCCUCCCCGAACGCACCUGAGCGGAUGAAACGGGUUAAAGGCCGUGGGAUGGGGCUGGACAGAUGCUCCCCCGCCUCUGAGGAGCUAACGAGUUGUGUGGCUCCGUCCACACGGUGCUCACCAUGCAGCCUCCAUUCAGCAACGCCGGCGGUGCGGGUUUGCUGCCGUAAGCCGCCUGUGAACAGAUGCGGUCAGUUCACAGCGACGUGUCGGACAUGUCGGACAUUUCCUACUUCUGGCACCUUCUUCUGACUAUUGACUAUUGAGCCGAUGUGACGAGUGAAUUUCUCCAAUGUGAGAUCAAUAAAGCCUAUCUUAUCUUAUCUUAAGUCAUGGGACAGAAGUACGCUGAUCAAGACCUUUUAUGAACACCGAGAAAACAAGUUGAUCUUUAUUCUGUUGAUCUGUUAGUCCUUCAUGUAAAAUAAUUGUACACUUUUUUUUCCUCACGUCUAAUUUCUAUGAGACCUCAGAUUUGUGUUUGUAUUCACGCUGCUUUGUUUGAUGCAUUCAUUGUAAGAACCGACUGAUGAUGUGUUGCUACUUUGAAACGUUGCUUGAAGAAAUAAAAAAAAGUGAGGGUUUUUUGUUUGGAA